UUGCCAGGUAGAAAGCUGGUGUCGUCCCCUGUCUCUCCCAGUAUUACACCGCAUGAAGAUCCUUCCCAGCAGUUCUUGCAUCAGAGCCUGGAGAGAGUUUACAACCUUCAGCACCUUGACCCGCAGGGCAUACAGGAGCUGCUGGAAUUUACCAUCCGUGAUCUUCAGAGGCUUGGAGAACUGCAGUCAGAACUGGCAGGGAUGGCAGAUUUCACUGCAACUUACCUUCAGUGUCAGCUGCUCCUCAUCAAGGCCUUGCAGGAGAAGCUGUGGAACGUGGCAGCUCCUCUGUACCUGAAACAGAACGCAUUAGCAUCUGCUGCAGCAAAACAGAUCUUGGAAGAAACUUAUAAAAUGGAAUUCAUGUACAGCGGAGUGGAAAGCAGACAAGUGGUCAUUAUUCACCACAUGAGACUGCAAGCGAAGGCGUUACAGCUUAUAGUAACUGCACGUACUACAAGAGGAGUGGAACCUCUUUUUGGGAUGUGUGAAAAAUUUCUGCAAGAAGUGGAUUCCUUUCAGAGAUGUUUCAUCUCUGAGCUCCCACAUAUGCAAGGCAGUUUUGUAGAUAAAUUGCUGGACUUAAUGCCCAGACUCGUGACAUCCAAGCCUUCGGAAGUGGUCAAGAUUCUUCAGACAACACUGCGACAAAGUACCUUCCUCCACCUUCCUCUUCCAGAGCAGCUCCACAGAGCUACUGCAAAUAUCAUUGAGCCUACCGGUGAAUCUGAUAAUCCUCUGAGGUUUACAUCGGGGUUGGUAGUGGCACUGGACGUUGAUGCAACUCUGGAACAUGUGCAGGAUCCCCAAGGAACAGUUAAAGUUCAGGUAUUGUAUCCAGAUGGACAAGCACAACUAAUCCAUCCUAAACCAGCUGACUUUCGAAAUCCUGGUCCUGGAAGGCACAGGCUGAUAACUCAGGUUUACCUCUCGCACACAGCCUGGACAGAACCAUGUCAGAUUGAAGUGCGGUUGCUGCUGGCUUACAAUUCCAACAGGAGCAAGGCAUCUGCUAAAAUUCCUAAAUGUACCUGGAGCGAGAGCAUGGAGGCUCUCCCGCAAUCUGAAACCGGCAUAGAGGGCACCAUACCCUUCAGCAAACCUGUCAAAGUUUACAUAAUGCCCAAACCUGCCAGACGGUGA